ACAGCCACAGAAGUGCCUCUUCUGGACACACAAUACAACGAAAACAUUUGGAUUGAGUCCCAGAAGUACUUAAUAAACAACAGUUACCUCUACUGCGAGGGACUGGUGUUUGGCCGCAUGUCCUUCAGGGGUAUGAACCCUGAGAUCGAGAAACUGAUGCAAGAGUUGGACGACAAGAGCGGUGACCACAAGACCAAAGAGACGGCCAAAGAAUCGACGGAAGUGUCGGACGAAGAGAUGACGAAUAGGUAUUCAAAAUACAUCAGUAACUCAUCCCAUAGGAAGCGAAACAUGUGUUCACAUAAGAGGCAUCAGAAUCAGAGAUCAGACAAGAGAUUCAAGUCUUCGUACCAUUGA